CUGUUGUUGUUGUCAUUGAUGGCUGAGUUUUCGUUUGUCAAUGUUGGCCACAGUUACAACUGUUUAUUUCUGUUAAAAAUGUGGUGUGAUUUUUGGUUAUAAUUUAUAUAUUUUAAUCGGUGGUUCAACGUGUGAAUACUGGAUUAUAAUUAAGUGUUUAAUUUUUAAUUAAUUGUAUCUAAUAAAAUAGUUAACAAUGGCUAUGUUAGCUGAACCUCGAAGAAAACAAAAAUGGACGCUUAAUCCACGAGGCAAACAAUGGAGUGAUGACUCCAAUAAAUUUGGUCAAAAAAUGCUAGAAAAAUUUGGCUGGACAAGUGGUAAAGGCCUUGGUGCAAAUGAACAAGGAAUGGUUGAACAUGUCAGAGUUAAAUUCAAGGACGACAGUGGUGGCAUUGGAUAUUCCAAAGAUGAUCAGGAUAAUAAUUGGACUGAACAUCAAGAAAGUUUUAACGAACUUUUAGCUAGACUUGCAUCUGCUGAUGAAUCAACAAGUACAAGUGUUAAAAUUGAGCCUAAAGAUACUGAUCUAAGUGGUGUAUCAUUGGAGCAAAAAUCAAAACAAAGUCGUGCUCGAGUACAUUAUCGUAAAUUUACUCGUGGCAAAGAUGUUAAUAAAUACAGUGCAAAAGAUCUUGCAAAUAUAUUUGGUAAAAAAGAUUUAUCAGAUCCAGUUAUUAAAAAAAAAGCUAUAAAAGAAGAAGAAGCUGAAGAGAGUGUUAUUGCACCAAUUGGUGCAGAAGAUAAAACUGGUGGAGUAUUGACAUACAAAGGUGGAAAUAUGGCUGAUUAUUUUAAAAAUAAACUUGGUGGUUUUACGGGUUUAUUAAAGAAACCAAGUGAUGAUGAUGAAGAUGACGAUGACAAAAGGUAUGUUGGAUUUGGAUUUGGUUUUUCUUCUUCAACAAAUGAUUCAGAAAAUAAUAAAAUAGAUUCUAAAUCAUUUGACAAUAAAAUUGAAUCACCUAAAAAGAAAAAAAUUAAGAAAAAUAAAAAUAUUAGUGAGGGUUUUGUUAAUGAUGCAUUGGACGUAGAAAUUAAAUUUGAAAAUAAAAUUGAUACACCAAUUUCAUGCGAUAAUUUUGAAGUUAAAAGAUUAAAUAAUGGUCUUGAAAAUAAUGGACUUGAUUUGACUGAUGAAACAGUUGAUAAGAAACAUGUUAUAUCAAAUAAUAAUUUUGAAUUAACAUCUGAAUCUUUAAAGAAAAAAAAAACAAAAAGAAAAUUAGAUAAAAUUGAAGCUGAGGGUUUUGUAAAUAGUGCAUUGGAUUUAGAUACUAAAAUUGAUAUUAAAACUGAAACUCCAUUAUCUUGUAAUAAUUUUGAAGUAUCAAGAUCAAAUUUAGGUCUUGAAAAUAAUGCUCUUGAUUUAACUGACGAAAAAAAUGGUAAAAGACGUGUGACAUUUAACGACAAACUCGAAUUUAAUACUGAUUCUUCUAAGAAAAAAAAGAAAACAAAAGCAAAAUUAGAUAAAUUUGAAGUUGAUAAUGAAAAAUUAAAGAAAAAAGAAAAAAAAAAGAAAAAGAAAAAUAAAGAACAAGAUGUUAUUGUUGUUGAAGAUAAUGUAUUUUUUAAUGAAGCCCUAGAUGUUGAGAUUGUCAAUGAAGAAGUCAAUGACAACGAGGCAAAUGAAAAGAAGAGUAAAAAAUCUAAAAGAAAAAGAGACAGAAGAUUGUCAAAUUUAGAGACAAUUGAAGAAACACCUGAAGAAGAAUCAAGUCAAAAUUCAAAUGACAAAGAUAAUCUUGAACCACCCAAGAAAAAAAAGAAAAAUAAUACCAUUGAAACUAUUGAUGUCAAUGAAAAAUCACCAAGUCAAAUUGUCAAGCAAGAUGACAAUGAUGUCAUUGAAAUAAUUAAUCUUGAAGAAGAGACAAAAAAAAAGAAUAAGAAAAAAAAUAAAAAAACAGAUGACGUUGAAAUUAUGGAAAUUGACAACAACAAUGAAGUUUUAAAAAUUGAUUGUAAAGAAAAUAAUGAAGAUACAACUGUGCUUGAUAAAAAAAAAUCAAAGAAAAAUAAAAAAAAUAAAUCUAAAAAUCAACAAGUUAAUAAUGAACAAAUCAAUAAAGAAAAUAAUGAAGAAAAACAAACGAAAAUUGAUGAAAUUAAAAAUACUGAAGCUAAAAUACCAAAUAAAAAUAUUUCAACAACAAUAGAACAUCCAACAACUCGUAAAAAGUUAAAAAAAUCAUUUACUAAAAUUCCAGUUUUUAAUUUCAAUGGAUCAAACAUCAAUGACAUCGUGGGUUAUGGUAAUUAAGUAUAAGUAUUUUUUUUUUUUUUUUUUCUAACAAUUAUAAAUAUGCUUGUUUUAAUAUUUUUUCGAUAUUUUUUUUCUAUCAAUAAUCAUGGGUUGAAUUUGAAUAAACAAAACAAAAAAAAAAAAAUUAAUAAAAAUGAUUUGAUAAUUUUAUCAAGUAUUUCAAAGUAAUCAACAAAAUUUAUUUGUUAAAUUAUUAGA